AUGGAAAAGGAUACACAAGUCCUUGACCCUAUAAAGGCGAUCCCACUUCGCCACAUACCACCUCAAAGAAACCUCUUGGACGAACAAGAGAUGUCAAGCCCUCAAGCACCACCACCUUCUUGGGAACCUUAUGAUAGCCCUAAAAAGUUAUCUCCCUUGAAGUCCAAGAAGAACCUUCUUCCCUACCUUGAAGCAGCCGACCUGGAGACGUCUAGCCAAGCCGCAUCUUACAGAGAAGAACACCUUCUAGCCACGCAGAAGAGGAGAUUGACCCUGAACUGA